GAACAACAAAAGAUCACAUUAAAGAAUGUGAAAAGUGUUUUUUUUUACUACGAAACGCAGGUUGUGAAGAGAAUCAGCAGAAGCAAAGAUGAGUGGCGGCAACAGGAGCGGACCCCCAAAGCAUCAGAACAAGUACGCAUGGAAACCCAACGCUGGACGCAAAAUCAACGAAACUGAAGUUGGAGGAAGGUUCAGACCCCUCUCUGAGAUCACAGGGGUGUGUCCCCGUUGCAAGGAACAAAUCGAGUGGAAACGUCGUUACGGAAAAUACAAGCCUCUUCUUCAACCCGCUAAAUGUCAGAGAUGUUCCAAGCGCAAUGUUCGACAAGCCUAUCAUAACUUGUGUUCUGGUUGUGCCAAGGAGCAUGGUAUAUGUGCAAAGUGCUGUUGCAGUAGGAAACAAAUAGUUGGAAGGGAUUUGUUAGAAGUUGAGGCUGAGCAAAAGAUGCUUGACGAGGCCAUUAAGAAUUCUCGGGAGAGAGAAAGGAGAACCCUAUUACGUGCUAUGAACAAAGGCAAAUCUAAGAAUUCGAAUAGUACCCCAUCAGAUACUAAAGGUAAUAAAGUUGGACAACUGUUUCCAAAUGCAUCACUUGAAGACUAUGCCAAACUGAAUAGUGUUAAGGUGGGGCAUGAUGAUGGCGAAAUUUGUGAAGAUGAUAGUGAGGGUGAAGUUUGUGAAGAUGAAGAUGAUAACAGUGACAAUGAAGAUUGUGAUGACGAUGGUAACACCGACAGUGAAGAUUGUGAUGAGGAUGACGACAAAAAUGUUGAAAGCAUAAUCGAUCACCCCAAUUCCAAAAAUGAAUGAUUCGGUGCACGAGUAUAUCAGUUUCCUGUAGAAAUUCAAAUUACAAUAUUUAUUUCUUUGCAGACUAUUUUCGGUGUAUCUGUUGCGCAUUAGGUGAGAAAUAUUGUGUUGAAUACAAAUUUUGGUGAGUUGUAUCUUUAUUCUGAUCGCCUUAUGGGCGGGUGCUUCCUCUUGUUUCAUUGUAUUUAAAUUUUGAAGUGGUCUUCAUUAUUGAUUUUUUGUCCUGA